GAAAUAUUGAAACGAGAGAUAUCUUUCUUUGAUGUCAUUGGGUAGUCGCGGUAUUUGUCGGUUUUAUGAUAAUGGCUCGCACAGUCGUAUGUGAAUUCUUCUGAAACAUCAAAUAUUGCGUAUCCAUAUUAUGUAUUAUGUCAACGAUAAGGCUGAACACAUUACGCAAUACUCUGGAUCGUUGUAAAAUCAAAAAACGAAAAUGUUCCAAUAGAAGACAACGGUGUUGCGUAAUUCGUAUUGUAUAAGUAUAAGCCUUAUUAUUUUAUGUACGCAGAGUCAUGUGUCGUGUGCCUUAUCCUGAGUUAUCCACCUGUAGUUGUCGGGUAACCUUUGCCGAAAGUCGUUAAUGAAUAAUGAGAUGAACUCAGAAUGUGGGUCAAAGAAUUUUUCAACAUCUACACGUCAUGUUAUUUAUUUUUCUCUGUGUAUUAUCGUUAUCGCACUUUAAAACAGCCAAAUUAGGCACCCUAUGAUAUCUAUGAAUCUACGUGUAGUAUAUCUAAUAACCGGUAACGUCGCAUCGCCUUUAUUUUCAUAAAUUCUACGGGAUCGUUAAUGGAAUUUAAAAUGUUGAAUUAUCGAUGAACUAUAUAAAUAUGCAUUUUGAAUAUAUCGUACCCAAUAAUUGACUCAUCAAAAGGGGUAGGUAUUCUUAUAACAUUUCAUUCGCCACGAUGAUCGAUGGCAAACUAAAGAUAAUAUCAACGAAUAUUUAUAUCAUGUGAAAUAUUUGCGCGUCAUUAACUCCAACAUCGUCUCUGUCCUGUAAUUGCGAAUACAACUGAUAAAACAGUUUCAUUAUGUUUCAUUAUCGAUGUAGCAACCCUUCAAAGACGGCUGGCAUUGGUGAACAGUCGCGGUUUCGGACAUACCCCGUGUACGCGAUUCACCUAUGGCUAUCCAAACUUUAUUCGAACGUCAUUUAAAAUACGAUGCCCUUGUUACUUGACGUGUAAUAUAAAUAAACGUUAACGAUGACUAAUCUCACGUUUAUCGCAGGCGCGAGGGUAACGAUAUUACAAGGGAGUCUAAAUACUAUCUACGUCGCUUCAGUUCGAUCUCACAAUUAGCUUUGCCCAGUUGUUCCUCGAUAACUUUCCCAUAGCUUCGCCGAACCUUUGGCACACCUCGAGUUUAUUUGUAAACACAAGAUGCAGCUGCCCAUCAAGAAUCUCUUUAUUUACCUAAAUUUCUUUGGAAUCGCAUUCGCAGUCGAAAUCAAUGCCGGCCAUCCACUGGUCAACGAUAAGCUUACGUUAUGGAUAUCGGAGAAAGAUUAUUCAACGAUGCUAAAGGUUUCGUUUCCGUUUUCAAGAUGUUGCAACGUAUUCGUAAACGGCACUACCAUUGAGGUGGAACAAUCGUUUGAAUAUUUUGUCAAAUUGUAUCCGUACGAUUAUAUGGUGAUGACAAGAUCGUACGACUGCCAAGGCUACUUGCUGAUCGCAUCCGAGGAAGGAAGGCUACUAUGGGCUUUGAAUAGAGUACCAUCGACGAUUUCAACGACCGAAUUGCUGAUAAUAUUCGAUGGUGACUUGUCGCAAGAUUCGAAAUUAUUCAACGGUUCCUUGUACAGAAAUUCCAAUGCAAAUUUAGUCUCGACCUCCGGGUUCUGGAGUCUCUCGGAAAACUUUUUGGAGCCCCGAAAAUUUGAACGGGUAGCCAGCUACGAAGAACUACGCUACAAAAAUGGACUGGCAGAUUUCAAGGGCAGGGUACUCCAAGCCGCAGCAUUUUACAACCCUCCCAUGUGUUUCCUGAACAAAACCAUAAACAAAACCGUCGACGGGGUCGAAGCUCAAGUUUUUUUGGCUAAUCACGAACUUGGCAGAGACGGCAUCGAGUUACAAAUAUUUAUGCUGAUUGCAGAGAGAUUGAAUUUUUCCUGGUCCUUCAGGAAACCUUCCGGGGGGUUCAGAUACGGUCGUCACGUGAACGGGACCUGGCAGGGUGGUAUGAUCGGCCAGCUCGUGAGUAAAGAGAUCGACAUUGCCUUGAGCGGCAUUUGGUUGAAAGAGGACCAUAACAUAUUCGCGAAUUUAUCAGCUCCAUGGGGUCAGUUACAGAUAAGAUUCCUGGUCCCGCGUCCCAGACCUUACACAAGUUUUUGGGCUUUGACGCGACCAUUCACGCCUACGGUCUGGUGUUGUUUGCUUCUUAUUCUGGUGCUUGAAACUUGCUACAUGACGUUCAGAGCGAGACUGAAACUUACGGAGAACACAAAGCGUUUUCGACGAUUCUCGCACACCUGCAUAGAGAUGACAGGUCGAAUAAUCGGAAUUUGGGUACCAAGGAAAAUUACCGGUGCUAAAGUUCCGCUACAAUUUUGGCAUGCCGCCGGAGUUGUCAUAGUCACCGCCUAUUCUAGUAGUCUAGCCGCAAGAUUGGCCGGAGCAGAAUACGAGGAUAGGAUCGACUCUGUACAGCAAUUCGUAGAGGCCGAUUUAACGUGGGGCAGACAAGGACCGGAACCAAUUUUCAGCGACUAUUUCGACUUGGGCGAUAAAUACCAAGCAAUGUUACCGCGUAGGUAUGAACACGAAAACGACUCGUUAGACAGGCACAGGAAAAUUGUCAACGGAAAUUAUGCGAUAAUAGGCCGAGUCGUUGGCGGCGUAUUUUUUCCCGAGGACGACGUCGAUAGCGUCGACUUGCGUAAUUAUAGAGUAAUGGGUGACACGGUUAGCGCUUAUUAUUCCUCGUUUGCCAUGCAACCGUGGCUGUUGGAACAAAUUAACAAGAUGGUGCUUUGGUGCAGCGAAUCCGGCUUCACGUCCUUUCAUCUGCAAGAUGUUGUCAGACGGCGCACAGGAUCUAGUUUAAGAGAAGUUUUGGAAGAACAUGAUAAGAGCGAUGAAACCGCAAGAGUUUUAGCUUUGACGCCCCUCGCUUCCGGGUUCGCUAUGCUAACCGUUGGAUUGAUCGUCGCAUCGUUAGUAUUCUGCUUCGAAAUUCAAUCGGCCGCCAAGUGCCAGAGGCGGCAAAAUUUGAGAAAAACCGGGAGAAUUCAAGUCCGCGGACGAAUAUCUCGAGACGCCUGGCAAAAGAAAUUGAAGUUUCAAAGUGAAAGUAGCAGGUGAACGAUCGGUAUGAAAUUUUACGGAGAUUCGCAGUCAAUUGUACUUGGGAGGGGAAAUUUUUUUUCGAAAAGUGCACUGUUGAUACCUUGAGCUAUUUCGCAAAAUAAACAAUAAAAACCGGUGCCUUGAGAUUUCACUCAACCAAUUAUCGCGCCUGCGGAGAUUAGAUAGCGUAAUGAAAAUUCUCCACCGCAUCUAGCGACAAAAGGAUAUUCUGCGGUUCGAAGACGAGAGCGAUGUGGACAGAUCGCAGCAGAGACGUCGAGAGAGGAUCUGGUGGAGAGUCAUUAGCGGAGGAGCAGCCUCAACGUUGAAACACGCGAGUUAAGUCGCUCAUCUCGUUGAUCCCGAAAUUGAACGUUAUUGUGUCAGUUAUCAGUUAUCAGUUGGGGUAGGAUCUCUCGACGCACGGAGAAGCAGCUCCUGGCAUACCCGUGCAACCCUUGACGGUAGACGAACAUUUUAAAAUUUUAUUAUCCUCCGGCGAGGAGCUUAUUGAC